AUGGCUAACCUCCGUUUACAAAAGAGACUUGCUGCUUCCGUUUUAGGUUGUGGUCAAAGAAAGAUUUGGUUAGAUCCAAGUGAAACUACUGAACUUGCACAAGCUAACUCCAGAGCUGCAAUCAGAAAGUUAUACAAGAAUGGUUCCAUUGUUAAGAAGCCAACUACUGUUCACUCCAGAUCUCAUGCAAGAGCUUUAGCUGAAUCCAAGAGAGGUGGUAGACACAUGGGUUACGGUAAGAGAAAGGGUACUGCUAACGCAAGAAUGCCAACCCAAGUCUUAUGGAUGAGAAGAUUAAGGGUCUUGAGAAGACUGUUAGCUAAGUACAGAGACGCAGGUAAGAUCGACAGACACUUAUACCACUCCCUUUACAAGUCUGCUAAGGGUAACUCUUUCAAACACAAGAGAGCUUUAGUUGAACACGUUAUUCAAGCAAAGGCUGAAGCUACCAGAGAAAAGGCAUUAAAGGAAGAAGCAGAAGCAAGAAGAACUAGAAACAAGGCUGCAAGAGAGAGAAGAGCUGCUAGAUUAGCAGAAAAGAGAGAUGCUUUACUUAACGAAGCUUAA